GGUAACACCACGAAUGCACUCACGUCCUUAGCACCUCCAGCUCCAGCUGUCUGCGGGCAGCUGCACUUGGAAGAAGUCCGUGUUUUAAUGCUUCUGCCUUUCUCUGGACUUGCUUUGAAAGGUGGGAGACCUUGGUUUCUGUUGUCCAUGGAGUUCCCAUUUUUUCAUGGAAAGAUAACAAAAAGAGCCUGUGAAGAUCUGCUGACCAAGAAUGGAAGGAAUGGUAGCUAUUUAAUACGAGAGAGUGAAAGCGUGGAAGGAGCCCUGUGUCUCUGUGUUUUCUUUGAAGACCUCAUCUACACUUACCGUAUCUUCAGGGAGCACCAAGGAUAUUUUAAAAUACAGACUUCCGAAGGUGUUCCGGAGAGGCAUUUCAGAACGUUAAAGGACCUCAUAUACACUUACGAGAAGCCAAAUCAAGGACUAAUAACAAACCUCCGCUACCCAUUAAAGAAGCCAAACACCUCGCGAAGAAACCUGGGGUUCAAGUCAGGAAAGGAUGACCUUUAUGAUGGUGAGAAAUUUAGCCCUGCCUUUGUGGUUUGGGUUUUUUUACAGAUGACUGCAGUGACAGGUUUGUAAUGAAUAGCUGCUACGUGUCCUCUGAGACCAGCUCCCCUGGCAAGUUCAGCAUCCUUCUUUCUCUCUUAUGGUCAGUGGAAAGUGGUUAUUCCCAGCUCACAGGUCACAUACCCUCAUCCCCCACAAAUCAACACGUUAAAAUUACACAAGAUACAGAAGGCAAAGCACGAUGGUGCCCACAGCUCACUCCUUCAUGGGCCUUGAUGCUUCUAGUCUGGGGGAGGCUGAGGGCCACCUUUACCCCGUGAGGUUCUGCCAGGCUGCCGGCUCCCUGCGCUUCUCUGGGCAUGAAGGCUGUCUUUAUGAAGACACAACCUUCAGUGUCCAGGUUGAAAGCUGGUUUUAUAUCAAAAUCCAGCUCAGUUCUUUUUGAGAUGCUGGGGACGGGGAGGAGGGGGGAAGCCAGCCAGCUUGUGGUUUGUUGUGAUUGGUAUUUUAAGUUGGUGUGUUGAAAAUAAGAAGCAUAUAACCUUGUGCUGAGGAUCACAGCUGUGGAACCAGAGAGUUCAGUCUCUGAUUGCUCUUCUGCUACUUUAUGCUCACAAGUUCCAGGUAUAAGAUAAGGAUACAGCGUUUCUGCCUGACAGAAAUGUUAUGCAAAUGGCUACAGUAAAGGUGGAGGUUUUCACAAGGCGGUAGACCAUGCUUUGUAGUCCCGUGGCAUCUUUACGUCUUUGUUUUGGGGAGGAUGACUAGAGAUACUGUUGGUAACUUGUCAGCAUCUCUCAGGCAUUUGAAAGCCAUUCUUCACAUCGCUGCUGCCUGAUGCUCAGCUGCAGUAUCUAUCAGGUCACAGGCUGCAAAAUAAUCUUGAAACUCUUCCAGGUCCUUUAGGUGUAACGAGAGCCACAGUGAGAGCAUGUGCGAGCAAGGGAGAUCCUUCCAUUAAGUACCAUUAUUGUAAAGGGAAAAAAAUCUUGGCAUAUGCAGUCUUUUGUGUGAUUUGUAUCUCGUGACGAUGGCUAGCUACAAUGCGGUCAUGUGGGCCAGCCUCUCUCUGCUGCAGUCGUACCUCCUGUCGUAGCGUGCUGGCAGAUGCUGGUUUCCUGGACACACCAAGAGUGCAGCAGCUCCGGCGCUCCCUGUGCCAAGCCGACAGGAUGGGAUGGGAAGGGGCGAGCUCUCCCCACCGCUUCAUGCACUACGCUGCAUGUGUAGGGGCCAGUGCAGCAACAACCUGUCUGAGAGAAACAGCAGCAAAGGGACAUUUCCAGGGUCUCCGACAUUACAUUAUCACUUGUACCACUGUGCCACAUUUGCUCUAAAAACAUUUUUCUGGUAUCUUGUCAUUGCCGUUCCAGGGAGAUGGAAAAUGGUGCAGUAGCAUGGAUGUAUUUUUAGGAAAAAAAUGGGUGUAAUGCAUAUUUUAUUGUCUGGUCCUGCAACGUGAACUUUUCUAGAAGAUGCACAUUUCCCUGGUCUGGGCUCACAGGGAGGGGAAAAAGCCCCCCACCUUUCAUUUCACUACCAACAUGUUUGUGGGUGCCCAUAAAAAUGGAGUCUUCUCAAAAUAAUCAAAUUACUUUGGAAUUGUUGACGUUCAAUUUUAAUUUCAGUUUCACUCCUACAGCAUUCCAAACUUUCCCCUCAGGCUGCUUUAUGACAUGCUCCCAGAGGGAGCUUAGGUUAGUGGCGUGGCAUCUCUCUCUCUCUGAA